AUGGCCAAGGUUCGAGACGAGUACUGGAUCCCACGACAACGAAGAAUGACUAGACGAGUGAGAAAGAACUGCUUUGGAUGCAAACGGUUCCACGCAACACGACUACCAAACCCCCAACCGGGAAAGUUACCCAAAGACCGAUCGUCAGGCGAGUUACCAUUCCAAGUCGUAGGAGUCGAUUACGCGGGUCCGAUCAGAUAUCGUGCAGGAAACAAGCAAGAACGUAAAGCCUACAUCCUAGUCUACGCCUGCUCCUUGACACGCGCGCUAUACCUCGAGGUGACGAAAACUCUGAGCACGGAAGAAUUCCUUAAUACCUUAAAAAGAUUUAUAGCGAGAAAGGGACGGCCCGAGAAAAUAUAUUCAGACAAUGCGAAGACGUUUGUUGCUGGAGCGAAGUGGCUGAAACGAAUUAUGCAGGACGAGAGAUUCAACGAUGAGUUGGCGAAGAUGGCAAUCAAGUGGCAGUUCAACUUAAGUCGAGCACCUUGGUGGGGUGGGCAGUAUGAAAGAUUGAUAGGUCUUAUCAAACAAGCGCUGUACAAAUCUAUCGGUAACGGUCAUCUUACUUGCACAGAGUUGGAAGAAGUGAUCUUGGACAUUGAGGUGGCUCUGAACAACCGUCCCCUCAGUUAUGUUGAAGAUGAUGCACAACUACCACUGCUGACACCUAACAUCUUACAGUUUGGACGCCCGAACAUCCUUCCAGAGCAAAGGAAUCAACACAUCGAAGAUGACGAUCUGCGGAAACGAGCAAGGUACAUCAAACGGUGCAAAGACGUCCUGUGGAAGAGAUGGUCGUCCGAGUACCUCAAAAGUCUCCGAGAAAGACACAACAUGAAAACCGGCGAGAAGGUGAUACGGUUGAACAUAGGAGAUGUCGUCAUUGUGAAAAGCGAAGAGAAAAAUAGAGGGAAAUGGAGAUUGGGUAUCGUGCAAAGCCUCAUCACGGGUAAGGAUGGAAUCGUGCGAGGAGCGAGACUGCGAGUGGGACAAAAAAAACAUUGA